AGCAGCAAAGUCUGAUCGGUGACGCGCGCAUGGCACUUUUUCAGGUCACCAAAACUAGCGUAGCACCCGACGAAUCAAUAUCUCGCUGUCCCGUCACGGCUGGGCUGGUGCUGUCUGAUGUGAAUCUAAAAUAAUUUAUAUCAGCGUUGUCAUAACAUACGUUUCCUACACCGUCCACUUUUAGACAAUUAACAUCGUGGGCAGCAUCAUGAUUUACAGGCUCUGCGACGGGAAAUGCAGAUUGGUAGAACAUUUUGUCCACUGCAACCAAAAUGCGAGACACUCGUGUUUAUAGCCCAUUUUUUAUGAAAUCAAAUGAAAACGCACAAAACAAAACAAAAUAAAAUUUUCUUAGUUGAUAAUUUUUAGCCUACAGCUCCGUAAAUGUCAUCAAGCAUCAAGUUAAAUGUUACAGGCGUUUUGGCUUUAUUUUCCGAUGAAAGGGACGCUGAUUCAUGAGUGAGACGAGCUGAAAUGAAUGGGCAGCAGCCGUCCUAGUAAAACGCCGACAAGGAAACAAGGGCAUGAAUGAACCAAAAGGAGACAAGAGUUUUCCGUGUUUCCUAAAGGACGUGUGUGUUCCGCUCUCACCUAUCCCUCACGUUUCUACCCCCCCCAACCCGCCUCCUUUGUAAAAAAAAUGCCUACGGGAGGAGGAGGGUGAGGGAAAAAAAGAAGUCAAUUAUACAACGCCCCAGCUCCGCAGCUCCCUCCUCUCCUUUGCGUUACUACUACAGCUGGUGGCUCCACAUGCGCCGCGGCGCUCCGUAGCCUUCACCGGGCACACCGGCUCGAGUCUGUAGGCAUGUCGGCCGGUGGCUCUGAUGGGACGGCGGACAGGCCAGCAGCAGAUCCUGCUGCAGAGGAAGAAGGCCCAAGCCACACAGGCUCCUCGCUGCCAGCUGUCGAGCUGCCGAGGAAACGAAAGGGAGAUGUGGAGGAGAGGUCAGAUACCCAUGGACAGCAAAGCCUCGACUUCCAAAUGGUUGAUGACCUCAGCAGAUCUGAAGGAGAGGAUCAGCAAGUCAAAAUGAAAUGCUUCAGGGAGCCUCACAGCCAGAUUGAGAAGCGGCGCAGGGAUAAAAUGAACAACCUCAUUGACGAGCUGUCUGCCAUGAUCCCUGCCUGUCAGCCUAUGGCUCGAAAACUUGACAAACUCACUGUCCUGCGGAAGGCUGUACAACACCUUAAGGCCCUCAAAGCUGGGACGGGCAGCGCCUUUACAGACACCACCUACAAGCCUUCCAUCCUGCCUCAUGAUGACCUCAGGAACCUUCUGCUCAGGGCUGCAGAUGGUUUCCUGUUAAUUGUAAGUUGUGACCGGGCGAAAAUCCUGUUCAUCUCCGAGUCCGUCGCCAAGAUCCUUAAUUUUAGCCGGUUGGAGUUGACUGGGCAAAACCUGUUUGAUUUCAUCCACCCCAAAGACAUCAACAAGGUGAAGGAACAGCUGGCAUCUACGGAGUUGUACCCUCGCCAGCGCCUCAUUGAUGCUGCAACUGGGGCUCAGGUCCAGGCGGACUCCCCCGUCAGGCCCUCCCACUUGUCCACUGGAGCCCGGAGAUCCUUCUUCUGCCGGAUGAAGCACAGUCGGGUGGCGGGGAAGCACGAGGACAAGCGCUUGCUGCCCAGUACUUCCAAAAAGAAAGACACUUACAGAUACUGUACCCUCCACUGCACCGGACACAUGCGGGCUUGGCCGAGCAGCCAGGUGGACGCAGAAGGUGACGCUGAGAAGGAAACCUCAAACCUGACCUGCCUGGUAAUGGUGUGCCGCCUCCUCCCUCACGCGUCGCACCAGCCUUCCAAAGACAUCAAUGUCAAGCCCACUGAGUUUGUCACCCGCUGUGCCAUCGAUGGCAAGUUCACUUUUGUAGACCACCGAGCCACGACAGUUACCGGUUAUUUGCCGCAGGAAAUUCUCGGCACAUCGUGUUAUGAGUACUUCCACCAGGACGACCUGCCGCACCUCGCAGAGAAACACAGGCAAGCUCUUCGAAGCAAAGAAAAGAUUGAGACGCCUUGCUACAAGUUCAAAACAAAAUAUGGCUCCUAUGUUUCACUCCAAAGUCAAUGGUUUGGUUUCACAAAUCCUUGGACCAAAGAAGUUGAGUUUAUCGUGUCUUUAAACAGAGUUAUCUCGGGGCCUGGUCACACAAAAGAUGAGGAUGCAGGCGGGUCAAAAGCACUUAAGGAACACACAAAGCAGCUACCCAUAAUUCCCGGCCUUUCCAGUGGUGUUGGCACAAUGAUAUACGCAGGCAGUAUAGGGACCCAAAUCGCAAAUGAGCUCAUCGACUCCUACAGAUGGAGAAAUGUGGAGAAAUGGGUUAAACGUUUAAUGCAUUGGCAUGCAGGGAUAGGGUACAUCAAACAGGAAUAUGAUAUAAUAAGAAUGAACUCCUCUCCAUCAAGCGGAGCUUCCAGUCCGUUUGGCCCUGCCCAGGAGAAAUGUCCGCUUGUUUCCCCACAAACCAGCAGGAGUGAAUCCAGCAGAGAGGAGGCAGCAGGCAGUUCAUCACAGUCCCAAUCUGACUCAGCGACAGCAGCAGGGGCAAGCAGUGCAACCUCUGAAAGUACAGGUGAGCCAUCUCAGCUGGACUUGGACAUGCCAGGCUUGAGCAGCUUCAGCAACGAUGAGGCAGCCAUGGCGGUCAUCAUGAGCUUGCUGGAGACGGAUGUAAACAUGGGUCAAUCGGGGGACUUUGAGGACUUACACUGGCCUUUCUAGAGGGCGCACAGACUUUCAGCCCCUCUCACAAUAUGCCAUUUUUUUUUGACAUUUGCCGAGAACUUGGGAGUUCAGUUGUUCAUUUUGUGACCGACUGAUCUGGCUUUGCACAAUUGAACCCACUGGACUUUUACCAAAGGCCGCAACAUGUCGUACUCGAGGAAGUCUAACAAGUAGAAGUUAAUAGGAAUACAAAUGACUAUGUUUACCUUGUUGGUUCCCCCCGGCUCUCGCAUGAAUGAAAGUGAGAUUCAAGUGUCUCUGGAAUCUGUGGUAAAUCAGGGUCUUCCUCAGUGACACUACAGCAUCCACAGAGAGGCUAAAACCCAGACUUUCCACAGCGGAACGAUCAAUCUACUUUCUCUGCUUACGGCCAAUAAGUAUCGAAGGUCUGGUGGAGAACCAGACUCCUGCCAUGUGCAGAGCUGCUGUUUUUCAUAACAUGGUCUGAUUGUUCCAGUUUUUAUUCUGAACUCUUUUAAAUAUCCCAUUGUAAGUCAUGUUUAAAAAUACUCUGAGUUCUAUAUAUAAGUAAGUACUGAAGAAGGCUAAAAGAUGCCCUUCUCCCCUUCAUUAAGAAUUACAGACUCAUUGAGUAUGCAGAUAUAAAAAAUGCCUCAAAU